AUGAAGGUCAGACCGGCAGCCCCGGGCUGGGCAGCCGCCGGGCGGGUCGCGUUGCUGGCCGUGCUCCUGCCGCUGUGCUGGCGAGCGGCGGCGGAGCGGCUCCGCUACUCCAUCCCCGAGGAGCUGCCCAGAGGCUCGCUGGUGGGGCCGCUGGCCCGGGACCUGGGGCUCAGCGCCGACGAGCUGCCGGCGCGCAAGCUGCGGAUAGUCGCUGGUGACGAAAAGCAGUACUUCACUCUCGGGGAAGGCAAUACAAAUCUGCGGGUGAACGAGAGGAUCGACCGAGAGGGCAUCUGCGGGGCCGUGUCGCCCUGCGUCCUCCGCUUGGAGGCAGUCAUGGAGAACCCUUUCGACAUGUUUCAUGUGAGCGUUACUAUCCAGGAUAUCAAUGACAACGCGCCGCGGUUUAACAAAGAAUUUGUUACCAUAGAAAUCAUCGAGUCGACGCCUCCUGGGAGCAGGUUUACACUGGGCAGUGGCAGAGACCCUGACAUCGGGGCAAACUCCUUACAAAAGUACGAACUUACCCCCAAUCCACUCUUCUCCCUCUUAGUGAGGGAGAGCCCUGAUGGGACGAAACACGCGGAACUGGUACUGGAGAAAAACUUAGACCGAGAAAAACAGAGAAAUCACCAUUUGAUACUGACGGCACUGGAUGGCGGGGAUCCGGUCCGAUCCGGGACAGCCCAGAUUAAGAUUAACGUGACAGACGCAAAUGACAACCCACCAGUAUUCACCAAAGAGAUCUACAAGGUUCGACUGAUGGAAAACCUGCCAGAGGGCUCCUUAGCUUUUCAGGUGAAAGCUACUGACAGUGACGAAGGUACCAAUGCAGAAAUCGCCUACUCUUUCAGUGACAUCGCAGACAGUGGUCGCCAGCUCUUCUCUCUGGACCCCAGGACAGGGGAUGUGAAGGUUACAGGUCACUUAGAUUAUGAAGAAGGGAAAUAUUAUGAAGCGACUGUUGAAGGUAAGGAUGGGGGUGGACUCACUGCGCAAGCCAAAGUACACAUAGACAUUACAGACGUAAAUGACAAUGUGCCAACCCUUUCUCUCCUGCCUAUCUUGAACCCGAUACCCGAAGACUCAGUCCCGAGCACAGUUGUAGCUGUGAUCAAUGUUCGUGACAGAGACUCGGGAGAAAAUGGAGAAGUGAGCUGUAACAUGGACGGAAAUCUGCCUUUCAGAUUGGAAAUGUCGUCAGAGAACACCUAUAAACUAAUAAUAGCCAGUGCCCUGGACAGAGAAACAGUGUCCGCUUACAAUAUCACCAUCACUGCAAAGGACCGGGGCAGCCCGGCUCUGUCGAGCAGCAGGGAGCUGGUGCUGGAGGUGUCGGACGUGAACGACAACGCGCCGGUGUUCGAGGAGGCGUCGUACAGCGCGUACGUGCGGGAGAACAACGCGGUGGGCUUGCUGGUGUUGCGCGUUGUGGCUCGGGACUUGGACGCGGGCGCGAACGGGCGCGUGAGCUACUGGCUGUCGGGCGGCAGCGCGGGCGCGGCGGGCGCGGCGCCGCUGGUGUCGGUGGAGGCGCGGAGCGGCGCGGUGUACGCGCAGCGCUCGUUGGACUACGAGCAGUGCCGCGAGUUCUCGGUGGCCGUGCGGGCGCAGGACGGCGGGUCGCCGGCGCGCAGCUCGACGGCCACGGUGCGCGUCUUCGUGCUCGACCAGAACGACAACGCGCCGCGGGUGCUCUACCCGCCCCCGCCGGCGGCAUCGGGCUCGGUGGGUUCGGCUUUCGAGGUGGUGCCGCGUUCGGCGUCGUCCGGGUACCUGGUGGGCAAGGUGGUGGCGGUGGACGCGGACGCGGGGCGCAACGCGUGGCUGUCGUACGAGCUGGUGCAGGCGUCGGAGCCGGCGCUGUUCCGCGUGGGGCUGCAGAGCGGCGAGGUGCGCACAGCGCGGGCCGUGUCGGAGAGGGACGCGGCCAAGCAGCGCCUGGUGGCCGUGGUGAAGGACCACGGCGAGCCGGCGCUGUCGGCCACGGCCACGCUGCACGUGGUGCUGGCCGAGAGCUUGCAGGAGGCGCUGCCGGAGCUGAGCGAGCGGGCGGCGGGCGCCGAGGCGGCGGGCGAGCUGCAGUUCUACCUGGUGCUGGCGCUGGCGCUGCUGUCGGCGCUGUUGGUGCUGAGCGUGGCGCUGGCCGUGCUGGCGCGGCUGCGGCGGGCCGGGCCGCCCGCCGUGCUGCGCUGCCUGGGCGCGCAGCGCUUGUCGCUGGCCGGCGCCGCCUUCCCGGCCGACUUCUGCGAGGGCACCUUGCCCUACUCCUACAACCUGUGCGUGGCGGCGCCGCCCCGCGCCAACCUCGAGGCCGCUUGGCCGCCGCCGCCGCUGCCCAUCGUGCCCGCGGAGGAGCUUGUGGCCGGGGAGCCCUGCGAGAAGCCGAGCCCGAGCAGCAGCGCCGUCGUGGAACAGCCACUUGUCGACCCCGACGCACCACAGGUCAGUCAGUCCAUUCUCUUCGAGCUCUUCCUAACUAUUGCCCUCUUCUGUGUUUCCCGGCGUGUUGUGGAUGGGGAGUGCUGGUCCCUGUCUCCGUCACAGAGUGAAGGAACGGGGCCACUCCGUCCUGUAAUAGUACUAGGCAGUGGCAUCUCUUGA